AUGGGCAAUCAGUCGGCUCGUCAAUUAUCCACUCAUCGGAAACACGUUGUGCAUACAUGGAAUACUAUCAAUUCUCAUGAUCCACAACUUUUGAACGAUGCCAUUAGUGAAGCAUGGCUGAAAUCCGCAGAAUUGACACCUACAUGGGUAUGGGCACUUGUCGAUCUACCGGAGACAAUGCAUGCCACAUACAAGGAGAAUGCACAGUUUUUAAACAUCAUCAAUCAGGUCCGUGACUUUCUGAACAUACUGAUCAAAGUUCACAAAUGUGAUCCUGAAAUGAUCAAGACGCUUUCCUUCCGUCUCGGAGCACGCCAUCGGCACUAUAUGAACGAAGGAAAUGACAACUGCUAUUGGGCGCCGUUUGCCCAACAACUUCCGAUCGCCAUGAGCAAAAUGUACAUGAGAGUCGUUACGGAGGAUAGCAAAGCAGCAGAGAAAAGUGAGGAAGAAGAAGUUUGUGAAUCAUGGAGACAAUUCUCGUGUAUGUUGAUAGAAUCAAUGAAAAGAGGAUACGAAGGAUGUGCCAGUGAGAAAACUCCUCUUCGGCUUAGCAUCACUAAGUCUCCUAUGUGUGCUCUUCUUGGUUCAACAGAAAGCAAUUCAACUACAACAACAACUCAACCAUCAUCUCCUAUCACUCCAUAUCGAAGGAGAAGCAUGUUCAGAGCGGGUGGACAUCUUCAGAGAAAUAGUCAAGACUUCACUGCUCUUCGGUAA